AUGACGGAGUGGACCCUGCUGAAGCGACUGCUGGACGCCGUGCACCAGCACUCCACCAUGAUCGGACGCAUCUGGCUCACCGUCAUGGUCAUCUUCCGGCUGCUCAUCGUCGCCGUGGCGACGGAGGACGUGUACGCAGACGAGCAGGAGAUGUUCGUGUGCAACACCAUGCAGCCCGGCUGCCUGAAUGUGUGCUACGACGCCUUCGCGCCCAUCUCGCAGCCGCGCUUCUGGGUCUUCCAGAUCAUCACCGUCUCCACGCCCUCGCUCUGCUUCAUCAUCUACACCUGGCAUAACCUGUCCAAGCACCACGACGCAGCGGGUGCUGCUGGUCGAGACCCCACCGCUGGUGGCACCACCACCACCACCACCACCACCAUGGCCACUGCCAUCGCGGCGGCCAAGGAGAGCCGGGAGGCGUACGCCCGCAGCUGCGACUCGGACAGCUGCUCCAUCAAGUCCCACCGGCACCUGGGCCACAGCCUGGCCAACGUACUGGAGGGCAUCAUGGCCCAGAGCCGAGGGGACAGAGGAGCCGGGGUCACCGCCGCCGCGUGCCUGACCUCCUCCUCGCUGCCCAGGACCAGGGUGUGUCAGCAGCCUGGGGGUGGUGGGGCUACCGGGGCGGUGAGGUCCGGAGUGCUCUCCAAGUACUACGUGUUCCACGUGUGCUUCCGAGCGGCGCUGGAGGUCGGCUUCGUGUUGGCCCAGUGGCUGCUGUUCGGCUUCCGCGUGCCGGCACACUACCUGUGCACGGCGCUCCCCUGCUCGCAGAGCACCGACUGCUACGUGUCGCGUCCCACCGAGAAGACCAUCUUCCUCAUCUUCAUGUUCAGCGUGGGCAUCUUCUGCAUCUUCCUCAACUUCCUGGAGCUCAACCACCUGGGCUGGAAGAAGAUUAGCCGUUCGGUGAGGGUGCUGCCCGACCGAGGAGGAGGCGUUGGAGGAGGAGGAGGCUCCUGGAAGGGCUACGAGGCCAUCAACCAGGACAGCCAGUCCAUCACCUCGUUGACCUUCCGGGACGUGACCAGCACCACCUCGCUGCCCACGCUGGACCUGGUGGUGGACCACAGGCCCGACUGGACCUGCGCGGGGAACUGCACGCCGCUGAAGGAGGUCGGGGCUGGGGACAGGGCGGGAGCAGAGAGCCCGGACAACCAGGACCAGAUCCAGAUCUCUGCAGCAGGCAACCAGAGAGACCAGAGAGCACAGCCUAUGAGGGGCAAAGCACACAGGGGACAAAGGGUGACAAAGCAGAGGAGCACUGAGGUCUGGAUAUGA